CCUCCUCACGGCAUUCCACAGCUGACGGACUCCGAGGGAUGAGAGAGGGAUGCUAAGGACAUGUUUUCCUUCAGUGCGGGAAACGGGCUACCGUCAACCCCAGCAGACAGCAGAAUGUGACUGAAAUAUCGCGGGCGGAGACCGUCAACCAGGUGAUGCCAGUAGACCGGGAUGGGCAGAUAUCAUCGCAACGGUUACAGUAGCUAAAAUGGCACAUUUUAGGAUUGUAAUCCGUUUAAAUAGAAAGUAAACAUCUGCAUCAAUAUAUAUUGAAGAAGGACUCCACUCUUGACCUUUAGACCACGUCACACCUGCCAGCAAUAUGUUGGGUUAAGAAACUCAGAAGUCUUCGAUCUUUGACACUGCAGUGAGUGUUUCCCUGGAAGACCAGGCUUUAGUAUUGUUGGACUGUUGAAGAGGCUUUCAUCAAGAUGUUCACCGCUCUGAAGAAGCUGGUGGGUUCUGAAGCAGGGCAGCUCAGGGAUAGAAAUAUUCCUGCAGGCCUGCAGUCCAUGAACCAGAGUCUACAGAGGCGUUUCGCCAAGGGCGUACAAUAUAACAUGAAAAUAGUCAUCCGUGGGGACAGAAACACAGGUAAAAGUGCACUUUGGCACCGACUUCAAGGGAAAAAGUUUCUGGAAGAGUACAUCCCCACGCAGGAGAUCCAGGUCGCCAGCAUUCACUGGAACUACAAAACAACAGAUGAUGUAGUGAAAGUUGAAGUCUGGGAUGUGGUAGAUAAAGGGCAAAAGCUUCCUCUUCCAGAAGGUGUAGGGAAAGGGAAGAGACGCGGAGAGAAUCUGAAAUUGGAAAAUGAACCUCAGGAGUCGGAAACCGAGAUGGCUCUCGACGCAGAGUUCCUGGAUGUUUAUAAGAACUGUAACGGCGUGAUCAUGAUGUUCGACAUCACUAAACAGUGUGGUCAGGAUCAGGUGCCAGAAAAAGGCGUUGGGUUGCAGCAGGUCAUUGAGCGUCUCUUUCUCAGAAGAAGGGAGACUCUGUUACGGCAACUGGAGACAAAUCAGCUUGACAUCGAUGCCACGUUAGAAGAGCUCAGUGUUCAGCAGGAGACUGAGGACCAGAACUAUGACAUAUUUCUUGAGAUGAUGGAGUCACGCAAAGCUUACGGCUCUCCGGCACCCUCUAAUGGCCAGAGCCCGUCCUCGGGCUCCCAGUCCCCUGUGGUGCUGCCCGGUGCUGCCUCUCCCAGUAACUCCAGCCCCAGUACCCCACAGGCCCCUGUCUUGCUCCAGACCCAAUCCGCCCCUCCACCACCUCCAUCUAUUCCACACCCUCCCGCACAGAUCACAGCCGCCCAUGUACCCCAGACACCAUCACAAACCCUGGAGCCUUGGCCUGCAGCACCGGUGCCCGCACCUGCCCAACCCACACCUCCUCCUGCCCAGAAACGAGGCUUCAUCUCACGCCUGUUCGGAUCGUCUGCUGCAGAGACGUCACCGGACAAACCAGAAACUGCAGGUUCUGAAGGCCCGAAGUCCUCUGGAAAGGUGCAGAGUGUGGAUGAAUUUGUGCCGGAGGUGGGCCUGGACCGGACCUUUCUGGAAGAUGGUGGAACAGCAGCAGCAUUAGCAGUUAAAUCAAAGAAAAAACCUCCAGCAUCAGCUCCCAUCCUGGACAGUGAUAGUGAUGGAGAGGGACGGGGAAAUCCUCUGGUCUCCGGGUUCCAGGAUGAUUUAGAUCCGGAUGACAGAGCGCUGUCCCAGCCUGCCAUUAAAGCGGCGGUCCCGAGCAUAGGAGUCACCCUCACGAGUGAUGAUGAGGAGGAAGAUUCGUCCCUGCCCUCUGCUGCCCAGCACAAAGGCAUCAGCUCGGGGCCAAACUCAAAGGGAUCUACAGUGAAUUCUGUCAAACAGCUGCAAACCAAGUCAAAACCAGCAGAGAGACCCCAAAGCCUGAAAACCACAGCAGGACCUGCGGUGCAGCGAGAAGGCCUGAAGACAGGAGGCGCUGUUGAGGCCAACUCAGAUUCAGACCAAAAGGCUCCAGUUGCUCAUCAGAUCAUUUCAUUUGUCAUGGACGACCCUGAUUUUGAGAACGAAGAGCUUGAUGUACCUAAUAUCAAGAAGGGCACUGUUUCUGCACGAGAUGACUUAUCUGAUCGGUCGGAUGAUGGGUUUGUGUUAGCUGGACUCCCAGAGCCCCCCAAACAUGUUGCCCCCUCAUUUCAGACCCUCAACAGCAACAUUGACCUGUUUGGCCUGGGAUUUGAAGAGACAAGACCUAAUAGUAAAGACAGCAGUGAAGACCAGGAAGAUAAUGAAAGCAGACACUCCACAAAGGACAAGAAAAAGAAGAAAAAGAAAAGCAAAGAGGAGGAUGAGAAAAGCAGCAAAAAACGACACAAGCACAAGAAAAAGGAAAAAGAUGACGUGGGAAUGGGAGAUGAGAAAGAAAAGAAGAAGAAGAAAUCAUCAAGGACCAAGAAAGCAGGAACUGUGGAUGAUCUUGAGGCCUUCCUGGCGGGUGGAGACGGACCAGGAAACAGUGAGGGCGGAGACUAUGAAGAACUCUAACCAAUCAGGGUUUAACAUCAACACCGUGUGACAUCGCCAGGUCAUUUUCCAAUCCAUUCCACUUGUUUUUUCAGUGCCUAACCUUUCAGAUUUUCACAGCGUUUUUGUUCUUCCAGCAUUGCAGCUUUAUGAGUUGAUAUGUGGCACCAUUGUUCACAUCAUGCCGUUUUCCAAAGUGUAUCAGUAUUUUCAGACCUGUAACUUUUAGAUGCGUUUUUCUGAGACCGAUUCCAUUAUUAACUCUUUCCCCGCCAGCAUUUUUGAAAAAAGUUGCCAGCCA